AGCGCGUAAUAUCGUUGGCACUUGAUACCUGUAUCUCCGAGUUUCGACAAGAAGAAAAUAUGAGUUUAUAAAUUAUAAUUCUUGAUCAAUUCGAAUGUUUUAUUCAUCUGAAGUGAUACGUGAAAGUGAUCGAACUACAUUAAUCAUUUUUCAACGUGCCAAUAAGACAUUUCACACGUAUACUUUAUUUUCUAACCUAUAAUAGUAGACAUAUGUAUCUAUUUGUUUAAUUACAUAGUAUUAGAAAAAGAUGUCAUCUUCCCAAACGACGGAGUUAGCAGAGGAAUUAGUUAAAGACUAUGCGAAUUACGCAAAAGUAGAUUGGAGUAAUCAGAUGAAAAACGUUCACGAUGUCAUAGAGGAUACAUUGAUACGACUAGAGGAAUUCCAAUCGAUUGUUGCAAUGGUGGAGAAUAGCAGUGCUGAAUGCAUGCAGCAACAUCUUCCAAAGUUACAGCAAAUGAAGGAUGGUAUGGCAACUCUUCGCAAUAGGAUAGAUGCACUGGAGCAUGUUGUCGCAAUGGCAAACAUGAAUUUAAGUACAUUGGAAGCUGCUGUUGACAAAGCAGAGACUGAUCUAGGUGUAUCAGAUAGAUUAUUCGGGAUAUUAAAUCCUUUAUCAUUUUUUAAGAAAACUCAAGAACCAGUUGCGUCAAGUACAAUGUCAGUAUAUAAAUCGCCUAUAAUUUAUAAAUCUGAUGACUAUUUUCAAAGAGAAUAA